AUGGAGUCGGUUGUCUCACAAGAUGCUAACGCCAGUAACGCCUCGCAGCAAGACGCUGCUAUUUCCGAAGUAUUUGGCGAUCCUGUUCCUGACCUGCAUCUGACGCUGUGGGAUAUCUUCCAAAAAGCCGCUGCUGCGAGUCCGGAUGGAGACGCCAUUGUCUCGCUCUGGCAACCACACGAUCACUUGUCAGACAUUAGCCAGCCAGCCAUUGACGGAAACAACGAGUCCUACCUUCGAUGGAGCUAUUCAGAGCUGCAGGGCAAGGCGGAGCGGGUGGCCGAGUCUCUAGAGAAGUUGGGCUGUCGACCGGGAAUGCGGCUGGUUGUGGUACUAGGGAACUGUGUUGAAUGGGCGCUUUUCUUUUGGGCGGCGGCCAAGAUGCGGAUAGCUUUUGUGCCUCUUGAUCCAAUGGUUCCUCGAGAUGCAAAGGCCACGAUACUAUCCCUCGAGCCACAUGUGGUGGUGGCACAAGAUGUCCAAGCUACGAAGGCGCUGGAUCUCUCUGACGUGCAGUUCUCAGAAUCGUGUGUCUUUGUUCUGUGUACAGGAGAAAAGUUGGACAAGUGGUUGACAAUUUAUGAUAUGUUAGACGCAGAACUCCUAGACUCAACACCAAGAAUCGCCAAUUGCAUCGACGCGGAAAGCAACCGAGACGACGAUGCAGCAUUGAUCAACUUCACCAGCGGCACAACAGGCGAGCCCAAAGGAUGCUGGCACACAAACCGCAACAUAGCAUCGCAAUGCUGUGACUUCGACCCUGAAGUCACCGCCAUGGGACCGUUGAAGUGGCUUAUCCACACGCCAUCCUUCCACAUCUUCGCCAUCAACAACGCCCUUCGCGCAUGGCGCUGGAGCGGCACUGCAGUGUUUCCCUCCAAGUUCUUCAACGUGGAUGCCACGCUCAAAGCCCUCGUACAGGAACAAUGCUCCAUCAUGUCAGCCACUCCCACGCUUGUAAAGGCUCUGAUAGCACAUCCCAAUUUCCCCAGCGCCGGUCAGUUGGAUCUGCGCAUCGUCACCAUUGGCGGUACAUAUAUUACGGCCGAGGACGUGCGGUUGUGCCAUGAAGGUCUUGGUGCACGACUCGCGAUUCAGGUCUUUGGGAUGAGCGAAGGUGCCCCUAUCAUCACUUGGCAGAGUUCAGACCCUCACUUGGCGGAUGGCUGGCAUCCCGGCGUUGGCAAGGUUCUUCCAGGGGCGGCUGCGAGGAUCUGCCGGCCCGUAACACGCGAAAUACUACCUCGAUCGGAGAUCGGGGAACUGCACAUUGGCGGCACAUCCGUCAUUACUAAGUAUUUCAACAGGGGUAGGGGUGCUGACGACGCCAUGUACACCGAUGAGUCGGGGAAUUGGCUGGUCACUGGUGAUCAAGCCAGGAUAGACGAGAAUGGUAUCGUUUAUAUCCUCGGUCGGUACAAGGAGCUCAUUAUUCGUGGGGGAGAAAACAUAUACCCCAUCAGAAUUGAGCAGGAACUCCAGCAACUCGAUGGCUUGCAGGUCCAAGUCAUUGGUGUACCGAACGAUGUAGCAGGCCAAGUCCCUGUUGCUGUCGUUAUUUUGCCCCAGGGCAUGACAAAAGCCGAAAUCUGCAAAAAGGCCAGAAGUGUUGACCAACGUUAUGCCUUAGAUGGCGUGUAUACUCUAGAAGAACUCGGACUGGUCAAGUUUCCAGUAACAUCUCUCGGCAAAGUGAAGAAACAACUGCUCAAAACAAAGGUCCUGGAGCUCCGACAAGCAAGCAGUGCACCCAAACUUCGGCCUGGAAAUGUGCCAUCAACACCACCAUUUGUUGAUAAGUUGCUGGAUAUAUGUGAGCAGCUCACUGGAACACGGCCUUCUACGACAGAGAGCUUCAAAUAUCUUGCCGACAGCAUCACGUUGUUGCGCUACUGCGAUAAUGUGAUGCAAAUCUGUGGUCAAAGAAUCUACCUGCAGGAUUUUACUAAACACGAUACAGUCGAGAAGCAAGCGCAGCUCCUACUAUCUCGAAAGCUACAACAAGCUCGCCUUGUCAUUGCCCCAGAAGUCCCCAAGUUCGUUGCCCCUCCGCCAAAACAACACACCUACGCCCCUCGAUUACCUACCCUUUACCAAGAACCCGCCACUACUAUCCCCGGCGAAGGGCAAGAUGUAUUCUACUUCGCCAGACGAGCUGUCGUACGCGCCGGCCUCUCCCCUUCCUCCAUCGAAGACGUCCUACCCAUCAGAUCCUCGCUCCAUCGGACGGCGAUCGGCUCGCGUCCGCAGUCCUACCACAGCCGCAUGGCCUUUCGCGUCUGCAACGUUGCGCAGCAUCAGAUUCUGCGCGCCCUGCAAAAGGCGCUGGCAUCGAGGCCGAUGCUCAGGACGAUUGUGUUCCCCGCCGCGAACCGUGUCCCGUUCCACGCUGUGUUGUCGUUGAGUCCCGCUCUUGUAGGACAGCUUGUUCGUGAGGUCGAGGUUGACACUGAGGAUGAUGCCUUGGCUCUUUUCAAGGACGAUUCUGCGCAGGGUCAUUCGUCGCCUUUUAUGUUUCAGGUGGAUGUUGUAAGAACUAUGUCAGACAGUCAGCUCUUUCUCUGUUUCACUCUUAAUCACUCUGUUUUUGAUGCGCUGUCGAUCACCCAAUGGUACCAGGAACUUGAUCACUGGAUUUCAGAUAUCAACAUCGACAUCCCAGCGUUGACACCGUAUCGUCUAUUUUCCGACUUAUUCAGCCAAUACGAAGAAAGCGAGCCUGCAAAGAAAAGCGUUUCGUUCCAUGUUGGCAAACUUCGAGGCAUUUCCCGCUUCGGCCGCGCGCUGUGGCCACCUCAGAAAGCACCUGGCAUGCUGAUCUGCAACGACGAGAGCUCACCAUACGCCAAAGAACGUCGUACCAUCCGUAGCCAAAUCUGGAACGACGAGUGGGAAAUUCAGGCCUCCAGCUUUCAGUAUCCACGAUCUGGUCGAGUUGUUGCGCUGUCUGGUCUUUCCAAGCUCCAGGGGGAGCACAACGUCCAUCAAUCAAUCUUCACCAAAAGCGCAAUCGUCCUGUUCAACGUCUUGCAAACAGGUUCUUCUCACGCGAUGCUCAAUGUCUGGGAAAGUGGUCGCUCGUGGCCGUUUAUACCAGAAUGGAUGGACAAGCUUCUCCCGCCAGCGAUGAGCAUUGAUGGUCCUACUGUUCAGUGGGUACUGAACAUGGUAGAAGUCAUCCGAAAUGAAACAAUUAUCAAGUUCCUUCAGCGAAUGAUGGCUGAGGAUGAGAGUAUUAAGCAGCAUGUUCAUGUCCCGUGGAACAAAGUUAUCCAAGAUCUCAGUGACGAAGGUCCAGCUGCACUCGACGCAUCUUUCCGACAGUCUUUUGUCUGGGACUUAUCGCUAGCCAUGAACCCUUUGAACGGUGUCAAGACGAACUAUGCUAAUCUUGAGCCCAUUGCUCGCUACGAUUGGCCUGACAGUGGCUUCAUAUGGCAGGCGUUUAUGCUUGAUUCAGCGAAUCUGUAUUUUAUUGCUUCUUGGGAUACGGCGCAAAUGAACGCAACUGAAGUCGACGGACAUUGCGACGCUUUGUCUGAUGUAAUGCGCAAACUGGGCGAUGAGAAGAACUGGGAUAAGAAGAUGGGCGAUUUAUUCCGUCUAUGA